UGCGCCUCCCUCCUUUGCUAUUCUCAAACCUACACUACGUAACUAACCUACGCGCUAGUUUCACUCACUGGCUGCCGUGUGUGGCAAGCGUUUCUUCACUCCGCAGGAAAUAAGCGCUCUUCACACAAGACCUCUGUCUCCGAAAAAGAUAAUGACAUCACGUCAAGAGAUGCAUCCAGCAAGUGCCAAGUGGUACGAUAAAAGGGACUCUGUUUUUAUAGAGUUCUGUGUAGUGGACAGCAAAGAUGUAAAGGUCACUUUUGAUAAAACCAAAUGUGUUUUCAGUUGUGUUGGAGGAACUGACAAUGUCAAACAUGAAAAUGAAAUAGAACUCUUUGAUGCUAUCGAUCAAAAUGAAUCCAAUCACAAACGCACAGAUAGAUCUGUGUUGUGCCAAUUGCGGAAAGCAGAGGUGGGCAAGUCAUGGCCGAGGCUUACCAAAGACAAGCCUCAGAGGUGGCUCACUGUUGACUUUAACAACUGGAAAGAGUGGGAGGACGACUCGGAUGAGGAGAUGGGCAACUUUGAUCAAUUCUCAGAUAUGAUGAAUAACAUGGGAGGUGAUGAUUUCCAACCUGAUCUAGAUGGUGACGAUGAUGAGUCUGCAGACAGCGAUGACGAAAAAAUGCCAGAUUUGGAAUAGAGGGUCCGAUAAUCUGGAAGGAAAGAAACAGAAGAUCAGCAGACAACGGAAGCAAAUGAAAUCGACACUUUUACACUUUUUUAAAGGCAGUGGAAAAACAACUAACAUACUAUUGUCAGCCAUAAUUAAAUGCAUAUAGCCUCUGCUAUCCGCUCCUGUGAAGGUCGACAUGCAUGGUAUUGUAAAGAGCAGGUAUCUCCACUUCCAUUUGCUGUACUGCACGUCAGGUAUCUUGCUUUACUGUUAUAUGACCAACCAAGCACACCUUCAUGGAUGGAAAAGCAUGUCCUCAAUUGAGCAAUAUGUGUUGAUCAGAUUGACUAUAACAGAAUUGUGGAUUAUGAUCAGUAAAAUCUCUGUGAAAUGUUGUGGUUUAAAUUAGGUAAAUAGUGUAGUUUCAUUUGGUAAAGAAAGGAGAAAAAUAGUUGAGGUCCCCGUAAGCCUUCCAUGUGCUGUGAAUUAGAUGACCAGAAAGCCGGUCUUUUGUUUCUGUAACUUCAUUUUCCUGCUUACAUGUUUCCCCUUACUCAUUGUUCAUAUAAAAUCAUGGCAAACAUGUUUCAUUAAUCUGUCCAAUGAGUAUCUAAUUGAAUAUUGUAAAUGGAAUCUACUCCAUUUAAUAUUUUACUGGUCCUCUCUCCAAAUUACUAACAUACUGUACACCCAGCCUGCAGGAUCAAGUUGAAAUCAUUUGCAGAUGCAGGCUUGAAGCUUGGUUGUGCUUCAGCAUCACUUCUCUGACACACACACACACUCUGUCUCUAAAACAAAACCUUGUUGGAGAGAUGCAGUGAUGUGUAAUGACCAAAUUCUAUUUGCACUGGCAUCAAAAUGUUUGGGGAUACAUAAUGUUGCAUUACAGUGGACAUUCAUUUCUUUUUGUCUACAUAUUUCUAAUAAACUGUUUAAGAAAUCUUAAA